CUGCUCCUUCACCCAGAACCUGGACAGAAGGAACAAAAGAACACGACAGGGAAGAAGAAUAAUAAUAUAAUCCCCAAGAAAGAAAAAAGUCCCCAGCAAUGCCUGCACGGCGCACCUACAGAGCCCCGGCGCGGAAUGGCUGUUUUGAGUGCAGGAACCGGCGAAUCAAGGUAGGUGCUCUUGGGGUUUUAGUCCCGGUGAAGCUUAACUUAAGUUGCCUGGCCUGGCCUGCUAUUUUCUUGGUUGUUUGGUCCACUAAAGUUUCCAUCCUUUUUUCCUUCUUCUACUGCUGCUUUCCUCUUCUUACAAUUUCCCUCUUUUUAAUUUUCUCUCUUCUAUUAUUUUCCCUCCUCCCUUCCCCCAAUUCCCCCCUCCCCCAUCAUUGCCUGGGUGCCUGGAUGCCUGAAUGAUGCAGUGAUCCCUUUCCCUUCCCUGCCUCCUUCCUCCACUCCUCCCUCCUACUUUUAGAUAUGUACCUAUCAGUGGAGCUUUAUCUGCUUGUUUGAUUACUGCUUGUGGACCGGGACCUUUGCUACU